AUGUCUCCGUGGUGCCAUCGCAGCUCGCAAGUUUGGCCUGAGCCUGCUCAAUGGAAGACGUUAGACUUCAACCCCAUAUUUACUGCCAAGAGCCCUUGCAAACCUGUUUUCGACCUCCCCGGGGUACAGCUGCCCUAUAUUUCUAUGGAUCGGCUCCCGACGGCUUUCCCUGAUGCCCCCAGGGUCCCCGAUGGCUCGGACGCUCUGCGGCCGUCGUCACCGACAGUGCCCCACUGCUCCUCUUCAACGUCCGGCUCCCGGCCCACGACAUCCACGGAUCAUGAUCCCCAAGAUGACCUAUCUCGAGCUCAGAACUCCCGGCAAGAGCAGCUGCCAAUAGCUGGCGCCGGAGCGCCCUGCGGCCCGCCGCCGCCGCCGGCAACCUACGCCACCUUCGCCGAGGCUGACGAGGCCAUCAAGGCUCAUGCCCUGAGCAACGGAUAUAGCCUCACAGUCAAGGAGAUCUGGCCUCGAGGCGCUGACGCAACCACCGCUACCCGUUACACCUACAGAUGUGGCAAGGGCAGGACCGGCCCUACCCCGCAAGCGGAUUCCACAACCCACCCUUCGAAGCGCCGGAAAACCAGCACCCAGAUGACGGCUUGCCCGUUCCGUAUUCACAAUCACGAGGCAGUCGCCCCCGAGGCUAACGUCAAUGACGAGGCUGGGGUUACGAUCGCACCAAGGCUUUCCCGGCGGUGGAUGCAGGAUAAUCACGAGUCAUACGAUGAUACUCCCUGGGAUGAGGAUGGGCACGAAGAUGGGGUCAUUCCCCAUACAUUUGAGGGCCGAUUGGAUGAACUGUUCGAUCAAGAGGAGCAAGGGGAAAUGGAGGAGUCCCAGGCACUUAGCUGUAUCGAGGUUGCAGGCGGGUAA